AUGUUACUACGGCCAGCAGUACCAACAAUGCUGCUUUACGUGUCCAGAUUGCACCACUCUACGCAGGUUGAGGAGAUCGUGGAGUACGUGCGCGUCAAGACCAACUGGACCUUGAGGGUCGAGAGGUUGGAGCGUCACAACACGAACUUCAAGUCGUUCGUGGUGCGAGUUCCGACACACCAUUUCGAGAAGUUCCUCGAGGAAGAGUUUUGGCUGAAGGGCGUCGUGUAUCGCCGGUUUCGUGGCCGCCUACAUGACACUAGUACAAAAUGGUGUGGUGCUGGCAAUGUGGCGGAUAACUAUGAUGAUCUAGGCGAAGAGAAAGAAGCCGACAUGUGUUGCAGAGAACAUGACAAUUGUCCCGAUUUGAUUCCCGGAGGAGAAACUAAACAUAAUCUAACUAACGACGCUUUCUACACUAGAUUGAGUUGUGCUUGUGAUGAGAAAUUCUUGACAUGUCUGAGAUCUGCUAACACGAAGGUCGCCAGGUACAUUGGUCUUAUAUACUUCGAUGGUCUACAAACAAAAUGCUACAGAGAAGACUAUCCAGUUAUCAAAUGCAUUAAGAAAGGAGGGUGGUUUAAAACAAAAUGUGUCCAAUAUUCCUACGAUAAAAAUGGCGAAAAGAUCUACCAGUGGUUCGACGUAGAAGACUUCUGA